AUGCCGCUGGAAAUUGUAACAUCCCCUCUGCGAUCAUGGGAAACCAGCAUUGCCAUACUUAGUGGCAGGUCGGCAACGAGACCUCUCGCAUGGCCUGAGCCAGAGCUAUCUACCGGUCGUUGCAUAGGCAAGGUCGGUAAGGAGCUGUGCUGGGUGGCCAAAGGCCCAGCGAGAGACGCAUUCGCGGUGCUGGCUCCAAAGAUCAAGGCCUACCUCGAGAGGUCGAUCGAGCCAGUGUCGAGCUGGGUUACAUGGUCUAUCUAUAUGUUUGGCAAGUCUGAAAAGAGUGCCAGCCCAGCUGUCCUAUUUUGCUGCGAAGUCGUUGCGCAUCGCAAGCAGGUGAGAAGCGCAAUUAAAGACAGCGGUAUUCUCGACGAAUUCCCUGGAAUUAAGACUGCCCACAUGUCUCGACCUCCUGACUUUAAUCAGCUCGUUCAGUUGGCAGAUGAUAGCACGACAUUACCAUUUGAUCAUCAAACUGUUCUUGCGUCCCUUACGAGCAACCCAUGUGGGAUGCCGUUGUUCGUUGAACAAAGCAUAGACGGCGCAACUUGUUACAAACAAGCUACCGUCGGUGGCAUCAUCCAACUGUCAGACAAAUUCUACUACACCACAGCAGGUCAUGUGCUCAGCCCCGACACGCCUAUGAGCUACACUGAGGGCGAAGUCAGCGACGACGAAUUUGAGAUUGACGAAGAUGAUGAGGUGGACGAAGUGGCAUCAACGGCUUAUGAUAAGACGUGGCUGACACAAGAAAACGACCCGGCUAUGAGCCUGCAGUACGCAAGUUCGACCGAGAGCAAGUUGCUCCAACCACUUUCCUUGUCGAGCAUACAAGAUAUGCAAGCAACACGGGAUGGGUUAAAAGGCAAGAGCCGUCGGGUUAUUGAGGAAGGACGUUCACUGGACACUGUCCCGCCUCCACAGUGUCUGGGACAUGUCUAUCUGUCCUCCCUCGACGAACCACCAUCUGGUCUCGACUAUGCCUUGAUCGAGGUGACCAAGCCGAUUCACUGCACCGCUAACAAAAUCGUCUCUUCCUCUUUUUCUGCAAAGGGUGAAGCCGAGAUCCAGCAUGUCGUCACAGAUGGCCCCAAAGACGUCAAAAUCCUAUGUUCCACCUCAAGGGGAACAUUGACAGGAAUCAUGUCAGGCACUCCCCUGUACACUCGCUUCCCCGACAGCAAUCUGUAUCAGGACGUCUACAACAUCCUCUUGGACUCGCGGCUAGAAGCUGGUGACUGUGGCUCCUGGAUCAUUGACGCCGAGUCUGGGAACUUGUAUGGACACAUUGUGGCUGGAUCCCCGGAUUCGGGUGCUGCAAUUGUGAUACCUUUUGCACGUAUAUUCGAAGACAUAGAAGCGCGAGUAAAGCAUCAUCCUUAUCUGCCCCUCACCGGAGCCGCAUCGCUACACAACUAUGAUGAAAAACUAGACCUUGCUACGCAUCUGCAACACUCAAAGUCCGUCACAGCGUCCUCUUCUAAACCACCAUCGGAAUACAACCAGGAGUGGAUGCGCGACUUGGGAAGCCAGUUCAAGAACCAGUGGCGGAUCAAACUAUUAGGUGAACUGAAACUAUCCCGGGCGGGUCGCCAAGCUACUAUCGAACAAGCAGUUUCGUCUACUGAGGAUGAAUCAACUCCGCCCUAUAGUCCGCCUGGAGAGGAGGAGUCGGUUCCGCCGUACCCUGGAACUGGGAAAGGAUUACUGUUGCCACCCCAAAACAGGAGACUACUUCGGACCCCGCUGUUCCCCCAGCUUCCGAAUGCAAACGACCGGGAGUCCCAAGAGUUCCGCAGGCAUCUGAUAUCUCUCUCCUUGAUCCCAACAAAGUAUGAGAACCCAGGACUACUCGACGAGGCUCUGGCCAGUAUCCCACUGGAGAGACUCUACAGCGAGGCUGAGGAAGAGAACCAGAAGAGGGCGAGUUGCGAAGACCACGCAUGGACCGAAGUGUACUCGGAACACAAGAAGAGAUGGGUUCAUAUUGAUCCAUGCGAGGGGCUUUUUGAUCACCCAACUCUAUACACCCAAGGUUGGAAAAAGAAAAUGGCAUAUGCUAUAGCUUUCUCUAUCGAAGGCGCUACGGAUGUGACGCGACGAUAUAUACGCAAGGCGGAGCAUUGGGCGGAGCGAGACCGUUGUCCAGAAGCUGUCCUGAUGUAUGUCAUGGAUGAAAUCAAAAGCCUCCGCCGCCAAGAUAUAAGUAAGGAGGAAAAGAUCCGACUGGAAGAGGAGGACAGACGUGAACAACGAGAACUCAAUACCUAUGUUGUUUCGAGUGUCACCGGCGACUUCAUAGCCAAGGGAUUGACUCGUGUUAAGGAUUCAUCACAACCGCUCAAGUCACCAGGAGAGACGGCGAGGCACAGUCAGAAGCAGAGGAGUGGAGGAGUAGACGAAGGACCUUUGGUUAUUCCCUAG